UUCAUCAUGAAUGGUAUCUUAGCAACCUGGUCAACAGACUAGCAUAGGCAGAACGCGGUUUGUUAAAGACUGGAAACUUAUGAAUUAUUUUUUAUACACGCUGUAGUUUGGAUCAUUUGAAAGGCGAUCGUGACUACCUAGUUCAGUAUUUGCACUUUAAACGUAAAAAAACUGGUCUGAUAUGGACACUGAUAGUCCUGAGAAGAUGAUGCCUGCGCCUCGUAUCUACGUGGAGAGAACUUUGGCUUUAAUCAAACCAGACGCCGUCCAUAAAGCUGAUGAAAUUGAGGACAUUAUUAUUCAAUCUGGAUUCACAAUUUUGCAGAAAAGAAAGCUUCAACUGAGUCCUGAGCAAUGCAGUGACUUUUAUGCUGAGCAUUAUGGAAAGCUGUGUUUUCCCCAUCUGACAGCCUUCAUGAGCUCUGGAUCAAUUGUUGCUCUCGCACUGGCCAGACACCAGGCUAUUGCCACCUGGAAAGCUAUAAUGGGACCGGCCAACAGCAUAAAAGCUAGAGAGACAGAUCCUGACUGUCUUAGAGCGAGAUUUGGCACAUGUGACCUGCGAAAUGCUGUGCAUGGUAGUGACUCCUUUUCUGCUGCUGAGAGGGAAAUCAGGUUCAUGUUUCCCAACUCGGUAAUCGAACCCAUUCCUAUUGGUGAUGCUGCUAAAGAUUACCUAAACCGGUAUGUCAACCCCACACUUCUUACUGGACUGACAGAGCUGUGCAAGAGGAAACCUGCUGAUCCUUUUACUUGGCUUGCUGACUGGUUAAUGGAAAAUAAUCCCAAUAAGCCCAAAGUAUCUGUUAAAGUAGAAAUAAAGGAAACAUCAUGAAUUACCAACAAGUAGUUAAUGUCUGAAUGUUCUUCGGUCAGCAAUAAACUUUUUCUUUUCUGAACUGCUUCAUUAUAAAAUUAUAGUUUUAUACACAAUUUUGACUAAACCCAUGGAGAUACCCAUAUAUUCAGGGGUAUUGUAAUUUAAAUGCAUGAUUUUCCUGUAGCAACAUAAAUUCAAGUCUUUCUGUUUCUCAGUGGUAGAGCAUUACGUUAGUAUCACAAAAGGUCAUGGGUUUGAUCCCAAGGAAGACAUAUGCUGAUAAAAUAUAUGUAUUGAAAUGCACUGUAAGUCGCUUUGGAUUAAAGCGUCUACCAAAUGCAUAAAUGGGUCAUUCUACGGAAAUGUCAAUUUUUCUUUCCCUAGCCUUUACAGAAAUAUUACACUUGAAGGGUUACAAUUUUUUAUAUUUUAAAAUGAAACAAUAUGUUAUUUGAACAAUUACACCUUCUUGAGUCAUCAAUGUAGCAAUAUUUGAUUUUUAUUAAUUAAUUAAAAUUCCAAGCACCACAGAAGUGCUCGUCCCCACAGUCAUGUACAGAGGGAAAAUGCUUUAUUUUGAGAUCAAAAACAGUGUUUUCUUCCAUUUAACAUACAAUAAUGUGUCCAUAGCUAUCAAAUAUAUGAUGUAAAUUACAUUAAAAGAAAAAAUGCUAAAUAAAUAUUAUAAAAUAUAUA